AUGAGGCUCGACUUUGUGAGCAGGGGUGGUGGUGCAUGCUUCAUGACAGCAGCACUGCGACUACCUAUAUACUCGGAAGGAAGCCAUUCGCGUCUCGAUCUUUUUUUACCCCAGAUGAUGCGCUUUCCACGUUUUGCGGGCGCCUCUCCUUCCCCACGGGGUUCGCCAGGCACGGCAGAUCGGAGAAUCGGAGAAUUAGAGAAGCGGCGAACUGGGGAGCGCAGAACGCCAUGGCGCAUCUUGUCCGAAAUUCGAGAUGAUCAACCAAGCCUCGCUUCUCGGAACCUUGGUCCAUAUGUCUGCGCUAUAUAUUCAUCCAUCAUCUUGACAAUUUUACAACGACAAGUCGCAACACAGACAGCUGCCAUGACCGCCUCUGCUCUCCCGUCCGACUUUGAAUGGGGCUUUGCCACGGCCGCCUACCAGAUCGAGGGCGCAGUAAACGAGGGUGGCCGCGGAAAGUGUAUCUGGGACACAUUUUGCCAUCUUGAACCCUCGCGCACCAAGAAUGCCCAUGGCGACGUUGCGUGUGAUCACUAUCACCGGUUCGAGGACGACUUUGAUCUGCUGAGCAAGUAUGGCGCCGGCGCGUAUCGGUUCUCCAUCGCGUGGUCCAGGAUAAUACCGCUCGGGGGAAGAAACGAUGCAGUUAAUGAACAGGGAAUCGACUUUUACAACCGCUUGAUUGACUCACUGCUACGCCGGGGUAUCAAACCGUGGGUCACGCUCUACCAUUGGGACCUGCCACAGGCGCUGCACGACCGCUAUGGUGGGUGGUUAAAUGUGGAGGAAGUCCAAAAAGACUUUGAGAGGUACUCGCGGCUGUAUAUGUCAGUCAUCAUAUCUGGAACACGGGGCAAGAAAGAAAAGCUGAUGGUGAGACAGGGCUAUGCUACCGGAGGCAAUGCGCCGGGCAGAAGCAGCACAAAUCCUCAAUGUACCGAAGGCGACACUGCAAGAGAGCCAUGGAUCGUGGGAAAGGCGCUGAUCAUGAGCCAUGCGCGUGCUGUCGUUGCCUACAACCAAGACUUCCGCCAACGUCAGCGAGGGACGAUUGGUAUCUCACUAAACGGUGACUACUACGAGCCGUGGGAUGCAGCAAGCAGCCAGGAUACCGAAGCAGCCGAGCGUCGCAUGGAAUUCCACAUUGGGUGGUUUGCGAAUCCCAUCUUCUUGGCAAAAGACUACCCCGAUUCAAUGCGCAAGCAGCUGGGAAACCGCUUGCCUGCCUUUUCCGAGGAGGACUUUGCGACGCUGGCGGCUGCUGAAACCGACUUUUACGGAAUGAACUACUACACGUCCCAGUUCGCGCGGCACAGAGCCCAAGAGGCGCCUGAAACGGAUGUUUUGGGGAACGUGCAAGAGCUCCAGAGCAACAAGCAAGGCGAGUCUGUCGGUGCAGAGAGCGGCGUGCACUGGCUUCGCUCAUGCCCGGACCUGUUUCGCAAGCAUCUCACCAGAGUUUACCGACUGUAUAAGAAGCCCAUCUACAUUACGGAGAACGGAUGCCCUUGCCCGGGCGAGGAUCAAAUGACCAAGGAAGAGUCGGUCAACGACCCGUUUCGACUGCAGUAUUUCAAGGACCACCUCGAUGCGAUUGGCAAGUCGAGACAGGAUGGCGCCGUCAUCAGUGGUUAUUUCGCUUGGUCCCUAAUGGACAACUUGGAAUGGUCAGACGGCUUUGGCCCUCGAUUUGGCGUGACAUACACAGACUAUGAGACGUUGGAGCGGACGCCCAAGAAAUCAGCGCUUCUUCUCCAGGAACUUAUUGCGGAACGACAGCAGUCGCCGCCUGGCAAAUGA